AUGAGUCUUCCUUUUAAACACAUUUUACUGGGCAUAAAAGGUGCUCAAUUGCUUUUUGUAGUUCUGAUAGUUAUAUUAGAAAUCGUCCAAGCGGCGUAUUUCGUCUCCAUUUAUGAUGAGAAUAGUAUAAGUGGUGGUGGUGGAUCUGACGAGUAUUUCACGGGAAGUAUGUAUGGAAAAGAGGGUUCGGUCGUUUGGGUGUUCAUGAUUAUGUUAAUUACAUUUUUAAGUAUUGUUGCAUAUUUGGCCCUAUUCUUCAAGGGGUACAUUUGGGAAAAGAGGCGCGAAAUUUACUUUGUCGGAUUUGACAC